CCACCCACUGGCCUGUAGAUGGUUGGGAGUUUUUUUUUAAUUAAGUGUCUGGUUUAACUGGUUAGAUUUUGCCCACAAAAACAGGGUCAGCAGCACCAGAAGACAAAGAAGAAGACCGCGUCAGUAUCUUUGGAUGAUUCGCCUGAGGGGGACCUCCUAGGAAAAGGCAGGAAUGGCAGACAUACGGAAGAAGCUGGUGGUGGUCGGGGAUGGCGCAUGCGGGAAAACGUGUCUGCUCAUUGUGUUUAGCAGGGACGAGUUCCCCGAAGUGUACGUUCCGACUGUGUUUGAGACGUAUGUGGCGGACAUUGAGGUGGACAACAACAAGCAGGUCCAGCUUGCUUUGUGGGACACGGCCGGACAGGAAGACUACGACCGCCUGCGCCCGCUCUCCUACCCGGACACUGAUGUCAUCCUCAUGUGUUUCUCCGUGGACAGCCCCGACUCGCUGCAAAACAUCCCGGAAAAGUGGGUCCCCGAGGUGAAACACUUUUGCCCGAACGUGCCGAUUAUUCUGGUGGGCAACAAGAAGGACCUGCGCAACGACGAAAACACCAAGAACGAGCUGUCUCGCUUGAAGCUGGAGCCCGUGAAGGCGGAGGACGGACGCGCCAUGGCGGCGCGUAUCGGCGCCUAUGACUAUUUGGAGUGCUCUGCCAAAACCAAAGAGGGGAUCUGGGAGGUUUUUGAAACGGCAACGCGAGCGGCCUUGCAAAAGCGGAGAACACCCGGAGAUGGUUGUUUUAAAUGCUGCGUUUUAAUGUGAAUCAUCUGCUAUCCAUCCGCUGAGGCGUCUGGACACGCGUGGGCCUGAUGGUUUGGGCACUCCCCUGCUGGAGUCAUACGCCCUUGAUUGAGCCACACACUGACUGAAUACAAGCAGACUGUAUUCCCUCAUUUCCCCCCCGAGCACGCAUGAAUAUCAACAAAUGUUUGUAUUUUUUGUUUUUUGUUCUUUGUGAGUCACAUGAUCACAGUCUGGCUGGUGGGGGUGAAGAGAAACCUGACCCACUUCCCAUGUGGACACGUCCUUGUCGAAGGCCUGCUCCUGGGCCAAAGUUUUUGUUCUUUUUCAUUGUUGAGUCUGGAUAGGUCACUACAAUGUGUAAACUUUCAAAAGACAGAAAAGAAAAAAAAUAAUAAUUUAUUACCAGUUUGUGCCAUAACAUUUUUGUCAACCUGCAGUGUUGGACACUACAACAAUUUAUAAAUAUCGGUGCAAAUAGUGUUGGGUGAAGUUUUUGCUACAUUUUACUAGACAAAAGCUCCAGUUUACAGUUCAUAAACCAUAUUUGUAUUACAAAAGUAUAGGUUUUUCACAUAAAAUGAAACAAUCUGGGAUCAUCCCAGAGUUAGAACUUCCCAGCUUGCCUUCCUGAAAAUGGUUAACCUUUUAGAUCCUUUAAAGUGUUUUUCUUCUCAGUGUCGCACAGUAUUUUAUACAAGAAGGCUGUUUGGAAAUUCUAGCCCUUAUGGAACCAGUUGUAAAUAGUUGAAGUUCUUUUAAAAAAAAUUAAAGUUAUGGGAUUAAAGAGAGAGCAGGUUGCAUGGUUUGACUCUGGGAUGCAUUUUCUUUUUAAAACACUACAGACAUUUUUUAAAGAAAAUGUGUUCCUUUGACACAAAUAACUUAUGGAAGGACAUUAGAUUCAUCACUGUAUGUUUUUUAUCCAAACUUAUUUGCAUCCAAUUCACAAACUUUGAACAAAAGGCUUCUUGAAUGUAAACGUGAUCCAUUACUGAAGCUGUAAAAUACAGUUACUGAAUUUGUAUUAAUUAAGGGCUUUUGCAACUGCAACAACGAAUGUACUUUUUCUUGUUAAAGGAAAACUUCAUAGGAACAGAUGUGUUUUUCUGAAAUAAACCUAGCUCUUGUGUGGCUACACAGACGUCUUGUGUAACCACCCCGUUGCAUGCUGGUGGGAGUGUUUGCUGAAUGGACAUCAGUUACUGACACUGUUGCUACACGGCGAUCUGUUGUAAAAACCCGGUGGAUUUACUGUUCCAGCUGUUCUGUUCGUGGUACAUUUCCACAAAGAAAGUAUUUUAAAUGUGUACAUAAAAACAGAAAAAAACCUUAACAAUCAAUAAUGAAGUUACCUUAAGUUAAAACCUUUAUAUUGAACAAAUCUAGGCAGAGUUGGAGUGGUAUAAAAGUCACAUUCCUGUCUGCCUUCUGUUGCUAGGCUUUGUGCUGACUUACAGGAUGGGAAUGCUUUGUGCUGGACUUUUUUUAUUGUCACAGUGGCCUCACUUGUGCCUCUGAUUUACAGUGUUCUGACACUGCUUGCUGCAGGUUGCCUCAUCUUUUUUUCAGUAAAACAUGGGCAGGACUGUGCCAAAUUGUUUGUGUCUUUCUGGUUAUUGCCUCGUAAUGGUACAGAAAAGGUUUUACGGGGCUUAAGGGAAGAACUGCUACUGCUCUGGAAAUGUCAAUAAAAACACAUUUCACUUUU